AGCUCCCCCCACCUGGGCCGGCGAACCUGGCCAUUCAGCCACCCGCUGUCGCUGCCGCGCGCCCUUGCGCCUCUGCCUGAGAAGCCAGGCGCUGCCUCUCCAUCCCAGACGAAGAUGGCAAAAGUGGCGAAGAACCUCAACCCACGCUUGCAAAAGAUGUCCCUGGGCCAGCAGCAGGCAGCACGAAGCGUGACUUGUCUGAGAUGUAAGGGGAUGUGCUCAGGCUUCGAGCCCCAUUCAUGGAGGAAAAUAUGCAAGUCGUGCAAAUGCAGUCAGGAGGACCACUGCCUAAGCUCCGACCUGGAAGACGAUCGGAAAAUCGGCCGCCUGCUGAUGGACUCCAAGUACUCCACCCUCACCGCCCGGGUGAAAGGCGGGGACGGCAUCCGGAUUUACAAGAGGAACCGGAUGAUCAUGACCAACCCCAUCGCCACCGGGAAAGAUCCCACUUUUGAUACCAUCACCUAUGAGUGGGCUCCCCCUGGAGUCACCCAGAAACUGGGCCUACAGUAUAUGGAACUCAUCCCCAAGGAGAAGCAGCCGGUGACAGGCACCGAGGGUGCCUACUACCGCCGCCGCCAGCUCAUGCACCAGCUCCCCAUCUACGACCAGGACCCCUCUCGCUGCCGUGGACUCUUGGAGAAUGAGCUGAAAGUGAUGGAAGAAUUUGUCAAGCAGUAUAAGAGCGAGGCCCUGGGUGUGGGAGAAGUGGCCCUCCCGGGCCAGGGCGGCUUGCCCAAGGAGGAGGGGAAGCAACAGGAAAAGCCAGAGGGCACAGAGGCCGCGCCCACCACCAACGGCAGCCUGGGCGACCCAUCCAAGGAGGUGGAAUACUUCUGUGAGCUCUGCAAGGGAGCAGCCCCGGCCGACAGCCCUGUGGUCUACUCAGACAGGGCAGGCUACAGCAAGCAGUGGCACCCAGCCUGCUUCGUGUGUGUCAAGUGCUCCGAGCCGCUGGUGGACCUCAUCUACUUCUGGAAGGACGGUGCACCCUGGUGUGGCCGUCACUACUGCGAGAGCCUGCGGCCCCGGUGCUCUGGCUGCGAUGAGAUCAUCUUCUCAGAGGACUACCAGCGUGUGGAGGAUCUGGCCUGGCACCGGAAGCACUUUGUCUGUGAGGGCUGUGAGCAACUGCUGAGUGGCCGGGCCUACAUCGUCACCAAGGGCCAGCUCCUGUGCCCCACUUGCAGCAAGUCCAAACGCUCCUGAGGGGCAGCCCGCCCACAGCCAGAAACUACCAGGUCCCUCUGAGAAGCCGAGGCCAUCCUCAGGAGCAGAUGGGACAACCAGGAAGGAACAUAAACAGUGAUUUCAUUUU